AUGGAGAAAGAUCCCCACCUAAACAUCACCCUAAUAGGCGCCGGCACCAUAGGCCUCUCCUUCGCCGCCUUCCACCUCACCCACCUGCCCUCCCCCUCCCAUCUCACAAUCUACGACCCCCGGCCCAACCUAGAAGCCCACAUCCUCUCCACCCUCCCAACCUUCUUCCCCCCCGGGGACAGCCCAACCCCAGCCUCCCUCUCGCAGAUAAAAAUCGCACACUCCCUCCCCUCCGCCGUCUCCACCGCCCACAUAAUCCAAGAAUCCGGCCCAGAGUCCCUGCCGCUCAAGCAAUCCCUCUGGGCAGACGUCGAGCGCCACGCCCCGCAAGACGCCCUGCUGUGGAGCAGCACUAGCGGGCUCCCCGCGUCGCAGCAAGCGCAGCACAUGCGCGACAAAACGCGCCUGCUCGUCGUGCACCCGUUCAACCCGCCGCACAUCAUGCCGCUGCUCGAGCUCGUGCCCUCACCUUCCACCUCGCCGUCCGUGAUCCAGCGCACGCAGGCCUUCUGGACAAGUCGCGGGCGCGUGCCCAUCCAGCUGAAGAGAGAAACCACGGGGUUCGUAGCGAACCGGCUCGCGUUUGCGCUGCUGCGGGAAGCUGUGCACCUGGUGGAGCAGGGGGUGGUGGGCGUGCAGGAGCUGGAUCGGAUUGUGGAGAGCUCGAUGGGACCAAGGUGGGCGGUGGCGGGCCCGUUUAAGAGCUAUCAUGCGGGUGGGGGGUCGACGGGCUUGGAGGGGUUCUUUGCGAAUAUAGGGGGGACGGUGCAGGCUUGCUGGGAUGAGGCGGGGAGGGUUAAUGUGGGGGAUGGGUGGGAGGAGGGGGUUUUUAGGCAGGCGAAGGAGUGCUAUGGGACGGUGGAUACGGAAGAGAGGGAUAGGAUUACGAGGAGGGUGUUGGAGGUGGUGGAAGAGGAGAGAAAAAGGGGGAAGAGGUGA